GAGCAGUCUCGGACUUCUCCUUCGCUGAAACUUUCGGACUUUUCCGUCUGGCUUCGCCCCUUUCCGCGCUCCUCACGUUAGUUCCCACGCACGCACUGCUUCCCUGCGCCGUGCUGAGCUGGAAAAUGGCUGUGUGUAGGAGCAGGGAGUUAUGCACGGGAGAGGAAAGAGACGGCCGACUUUAAAAGUAAAAAUCAAAGCUUUGCCACCGGACUGCAGCUCACCGAGAGAAGCCACCGCCUGCAGGUUGAAGCUCGACGCGGACUCUGCCUGCUGCUUCUCUCUGUUAAAGUCCCGGAGCCAGAAUAGAGCCAACAAAUAUCCGCGGGUCGGUGAGAAUUCCUGCUCAGAACAUGAAGUGAUUGGUGAGAGCUGGAGAGGACUAAAAUCCUUCCCCCACUGCCGCUCGUCCUCCAAUCAGCCGGUGAGCCGCCGACACGAGGCCAGAUCCCUGACUGGGCUUUUGGAGCAGCACCCAGCCGUCAGCUUUUUGCUGCUUGGAAGAAGUAUGUUGCCGGCGCUCUCUCUCUGCUCCAUCAUCUGGCUCAAUCGGGGGAUCAAGCUGAGGAAAGUGCAUCAGUCCACCAGUCGCAGUCGGGUCUGAGUCUGCCGCCGCCGAACAGCAGCCAAACACCACCUUAUCAAGUUUUAAAAAUGCUUCUAAGCUUUGGGUGACUUCCAUUUCUUCCCCUCACCCCUUACCUGACCCUCUAAACCGCCGCACUAUCGUCAGCCUUUAGAGACUCAGCAGCGUUGUUGCCGUUCUCACAUCGGGACUCCUGCUGCACCAUCUAAUCCUCCAUUCGGUGGCCAUUUUCUGUUUUGCUUCUAUAACAAAAUGGCAGCAGAAGGUUUCCAAUAUCGUGCAGUCUAUUCGUUCACCAAGGACCAGGAUGAAGAUUUGGAUCUGCAGCCUGGAGACCUCCUGACAGUCAGCAAGUCAUCUCUGACCUCCAUGGAGAACUACGAGGAGGGCUGCAUGGAGCACCCCGAAUGUCUGGGCUGGCUGCUUGGAUACAACGAACGCACCAAGCAGAGAGGCGACUUCCCGGGGACGUUUGUCCAGUAUGUUGGCCCCAUUAAAAUGACCCUCCCAUCAAGUCAGCCAAGGUCCCAGCGACCUCUUCCUGCUGCUCCCAGAUCAGAAUCCUGUCAAGCUGCUUCUGUGCCAGACCUCAGCGAGCAGUUCACGCCACCGGAGACGGCCCCCCCGGCCCUCAUCGGCCUCAUCCAAGCCAUAGAGAAGAGAGGGCUGGACUUCAAGGCGUUGUAUAGGACAGCUAACCCUGCCUCAGACAGUCCAGUGUACACACUGAGCUCUGAGGGUGACGUUACCGAGAGGGACUUGAGUUACCUUUCUGAGAGCGUCCUGCAGUACCUGAGAGACCUCCCGUCUCCAGUCAUCCCUGCAUGUCUCUACCCUCAUCUACAGACUGCCGUCAUGCAGCAGCAGCUCCUCCAGCAGUCAGCAGAUGGAGCUGUAGCUGGCAGCCAUGACAGAGAAGUAAGCCUGGUCCUUGAAACCUCCACCACAGUCCCUCUCCAUCACCGUCUCACCUUGCAGUACCUGCUCACACACCUGGCCAAGGUGGCCCAGGCUCAGGACAGCAACGGCCUGGACACACACACUCUGGGGAAGAUCUUCGGCCCACUGCUGAUACGGACAGGUCCCUCCAGUCCUGGGUUUCCACUGGAUGACGACUUCCCUGCCAUGGUGGUGGAGAGGCUGCUGAUAGAGAGAACUGCACAGCAAGACCUCCCUCCUCCAGUUCUUCCAGCAAAACCAGUCAACUCCAAAGUGGCACCAUCAGCCAUGACGGACACAAGCAGCAUGCUGAAUGAUGCCGAGUGGUACUGGGGAGAUGUUUCCAGAGAGGAAGUGAAUGAGAAACUACGGGACACCCCAGAUGGCACCUUUCUGGUCCGAGACGCCUCCAGUAAGCUGGAGGGCGAGUACACGCUCACCCUGAGGAAAGGGGGGAACAAUAAGCUUAUAAAGAUUUACCACAGAGAUGGGUGCUAUGGUUUCUCAGAGCCUCUGACCUUCCUGUCCGUAGUGGAGCUCAUCAACCACUAUCGCCACGAGUCUCUGGCUCAGUACAACACCAAGCUGGAUACCAAGCUCCUGUACCCCAUCUCCAAAUACCAACAGCUGGUGAAGGAGAACAGCAUAGAGGAGGUGGGAGAACAGCUGAAGGUCUAUCAUGAGCAGUUCCAGGAGAAGAGCCGCGAGUACGACACUCUGUACGAGGAGUACACUCGAACCUUGCAGGAGCUGCAGAUGAAGCGCACGGCCAUCGAAGCCUUCAACGAGACCAUCAAGAUCUUCGAGGAGCAGUUUGAGACUCAGGAGAGAUACAGCAGAGAGUCUCUGGAGCGAUUCCAACGUGAAGGCAACGAAAAAGAAAUUCAGAAGAUCCAGAGCAACUCGGAGCGACUGAAGUCUCGAGUGAAGGAAAUUCAUGACAGCAAGCGUAAGCUGGAGCAGGACCUGAGGCAGCAGGUGUCUGAAAACAGAGAGAUCGACAAGAAGAUGAACAGCCUCAAGCCAGAUCUCAUGCAGCUUCGCAAGAUCAGAGACCAGUACCUGAUAUGGUUGACACAGAAGGGAACAAGACAGAAGAAGAUCAAUGAAUGGCUGGGAAUAAAGAACGAUGCUGAUGACUCCUACUCGCUGGAGGAAGACGAGGGCACGCCGCACCAUGACGAGUGCACCUGGUAUGUGGGCGACAUCAAACGGACCCAGGCUGAGGAAAUGCUGAGAGGCAAAUGUGACGGGACCUUUCUGAUCCGGGAGAGUCAGUCUCAGAAGGGCUCCUACGCCUGUUCUGUAGUUGUGGAAGGCGACACGAAGCACUGUGUCAUCUACAAGACGACCACGGGUUACGGCUUCGCUGAGCCCUACAACCUGUACUCAUCUCUCAAAGACCUGGUGCUCCACUACAAAAACGUCUCCUUGGUCCAACACAACGACCAGCUGAAUGUAAAUCUAGCCUACCCAGUUCUGGCCCGUUCUCAGAACCAGAACCAGCAUCCCAGAUGAAUUAUCCAACAGCCAGGGUGGGGAAACCUUCCCUCACAUCCAUGAGGGAAAAAAGAACAAACUGACAACACUUGUUUAUUUUGUUUAAAGUUGCAGGAAAAAUUGAGUAACAGUAAAACAGAAGAAGAAAUGAUAUAUUUUCAGCUGGAGUCUGGUGCUUCUUUCCCACACCAGUCCCAGUCCAGUUAAGAGCGCUCCAUGCUUCGCAGCAUGCCUCAUAAUAAGCACACUACUACUGAUUACAGGACACUGCACAGGUCAGCCUGGCUCCUGGUCUGCGUCUCCACUUUUAUAUCAGCCGGCCACAGCUGGACAGCGUCAAAAAAUAUGUGUCAACAAAAGCAAAAUAAGCACACAAAAAUAUUUUCCAAGGUCGUAGGGAAAGAAGUGGAGAGACCAGAUGGUGGAGGCGAUUUUUGUCUUUAUUUUAGCCUUGAACACAAGAUAAAUUUCUUUAGACAAAGGCCCAAUCUGUCAUCCCCAGACUGCCUGCAGACAAAAGCCUGAGCAGUUCUUCGUUGAAAGGACCGGCUCGGCCAAGCCAGGCUGGAGGCCGACACAUCGGAGGAGUUUGUUUAAAAGAAGACUGAUUCAGUUUAAAGCUUGCAUAAGUGCCAUAGUUAAUAGCUUUGAAUGACCACAAGCCUGUGUCAGUGUGACAUCAUCCAGGCUCGACAGAAAGAAGGUGAACAUGUCAACAUGAACAAAGCUACAGCUUUAAAAUAUAUUCAUACAGGUAUAUUUUUUAUCAAACUGUCUUUAUUUCUGACUGCUGGAGUAAAACAUCCAGUCUGGGAGGAAAUGCAUGGUACAUUUUUGGUAUGUUGUGAAUUUAGAAUAACUUUUAAAUCACAAAAGGAAUCUGUAUGAUUCCGGUUUUGCUGUAGCACCUGUAGCCGUGGACACAUGGAGCUGGAACAGGACAAGUUUUAUAACCUGUGUCUCCAGCUUAGUAACUGCUAUCCGUUUUUUAAUCUGCAACAGCAGCUACAGGUACAGAUCUGCAUGCAAUUUUCAGUCAGGAAAUACUCGUCAGUUCACACGUAGGUGCGUAAACCCAGACUUUUCCAAACUUUUCCCACAUUUUCUGACUUGAUUUGUAGCCGUUCUUGUUGUUAGAGUUGCAGAUAUGGACGUACAAGCUAGAAAACUCUCGUAGCUCCGUACUGUCUCUUGUUCUGUACGAUAAAGACACCCACAGACCAUUAACUUGUGCGAUUAUCGUAUCUUAGGUACUAGAUUUGCUUUGUCUAGGUAGACUUUUAUCAUGGUACAGUUUCCAUGCAGAUGUUUAUUUCUCUGUUCAUUUUAUCAUAAGCUUGACAGACAGAGCAGUAGAACAUUUAUAUAAAAAGCAGUAAUAUAACUGGUGUACAGUAUAUUUCAGACACAUGCAGUCGCUGCGUGACGUCAUGUUUUCAGGAUUUUUGCUUUGCUCUUAGACUCUGAGGAUGCAAAUGACCCACCUGAUGUGAGCCUGAGGAAAGCUGUUCUCAUGUAGCAAGACAGAAUAAGCUGAAGCAGUCCUGUUAGCCAUUCAGCACGGCCUCCAUGGUCUCAGAGAUUAUCCAGUAUCGUAUGCAUGGAGGUGUUUGUUUGGGUUGUUGUUCAUAAUCUUUUUUACUUGGACUCGUGGUUGAAUUUUGUGUUUUUAUGAGACGUUUUAGAUUGGCGGAUAGGCUCCUCCCACUGUCCUGUGCUGUGUCUGUGAUGUUUUUGGUCCGGUUUGAGGUAAAAACCGUCACUUUGAAAGCACAGUAGACGCAGCGGUAAGCAGUUCUUAUCAUGUGGUCUGUGAAGUUGUUGCUAUGAAAAGAGGCUGUUUUUAAACCUUGUUAAGAUGAACAAGUAUAGAUUUUUCAUAUUUCCUACACAGGAUGCUAGAUAAAGACUAUUUUUGUAGAAGGUUCAGAGAAAACAAGCAUGUGAUUGUUGUUUAUAAGAGGUUGUGUGUUUGGAUUAGCUUUCUCUUCGUCUUUCAGCUGAUUUUCUGCUCAUAAAAGAUGACAUUCUGUCUGAACAUUGAAAUCAUUCUGCAGUCAGGACGAAUUCAUUGUACUUUGCACAGUUCUCAUGUGUGAUGACGAUCCACGAAUAAAGCAGAGGCCACAGCGAUGCUAAUGAUUUACAGGGCUAGAAAAUAAAAAAUCAGAUAGAAGUGCCUUUAGUCAUCUCUUUGCUGUCGUGAGAUGAUGUCGCCAACUCUGCACGUCACGUAACAUCUUCACACGUCCUUCACAGGUCGCCAGUUAGCUAAAAGUAGGAGAUGAGAGGGUGUGUGUGUGUGUGUGUGUGUGUGAUGAAAAUAUGAGCAUGUGGUAGGAAGGGCUCAUUUAUUAGCUGUUACAUUUUCCCUUUUGAUCGUCUGCAGGAUGUCGGGCAUCCACGCCAGGCGCCCAGCGGUUGUUAGAAUUAAACGAGAUAAGAUAAUGUGAACACGUCUCAUCAGCUGAUCCAGACCUUCAGUGUUUUCUCGUUAAGCUCAUUAGUCGAUAAAAUGUCCAUCAUCUGGUUUGUUGGACCAACACUUCUGUGACUGCACUUUGUUUUGUUCCACACCCUCAGACGUGUGGAGCCCAGCAUCUAGAAACUAACAUGCAGCUGGCUGUCGGUGCGUUUUUCUUUAGUUGGUGUUUUGUAGGAUGAAUAAGGACUGAAUUCUUUAGUAUGGUGGAGGAUACGGUUUACAGAAUAUGCUUUUGUUUGCAGUCUAUAGCGUUGUAAAUCUUUAGCUUAUGGCUGACAGCGAUGUUUUCAUUCUAGCUAGUUUUGCUUUGUAAACAGAAACUUGAGCUACAGGCUCAUCAUGCAGAUCUUUCUUUCACUCCAGGUGGUAUUAGAGCAACAG